UUAGAAACCCCAGUGUGACCAGCGUUAAGAGGCACGCUUUGUAAGAUGGCACGUGUGAAGUAAUAGGUCUGCAGGCAGGAAGAGUAAAACCCUACCCUCCGCCAACGUAAAACCCUUCUACUCUCAAUCGCCAGCGGGAGAGAGCGAGAGAGCGAGAGAGAGAGAGAUGGUUAGCGACAGUGAAACAGAGAAGACGCCGAAGGAGAAGAAGAAAACAUCAGCUCUGGCUCCCAUAGCUAAACCCCUGGCUGGCAAGAAGGUGUGCAAGCGGACUCUCAAGCUCGUCCGCAGAGCUGCUGAACACAAAUGCUUGAAGAGAGGAGUAAAGGAGGUGGUAAAAAGCAUUCGGCGUGGUAGCAAGGGAUUAUGUAUUAUUGCUGGAAACAUAUCUCCUAUUGAUGUCAUUACUCAUGUACCCAUCUUGUGCGAGGAGGCUGACAUUCCCUAUGUAUAUGUUCCAUCAAAAGACGAUCUUGCUAAUGCCGGAUCCUCUAAGAGGCCCACAUGCUGUGUUCUGGUGCUACCCAAGCCUACAAAGGGGGAGCUAGCGCCGGAAGAAGAAGAAAAACUGAAGGAAGAUUAUGCCCGGGUUGUAUCAGAUAUUUCCGAAUUAACAUCCUCUCUCUUCUGAAAGAAAAAAACUCUGUUCUUUUGUUUUUGUAAUUGAUGUACUAUUUUAGCUAUCGGAUUUGCAGGUCUUCUAAAUAGACAGUGAGCAGGGCCAUAACUUUAUUCAUAGCAUGCACCAAUAUGAAGUAGAGCGAAAUGAACAUGUGUGUGUAGGGUGGAUAAAUUGAGCUGCCCCUUUCUUUAUAUAAGCAUUCUGGAAAAA